CAGACGGAAAGAGAGAGCAGAGGCACUGCAUCUUUUGACCUGAACCCUGAACCACAUCAAAGAACUCAUGGGGCUCGGGGAGGCUUCAGCGAGGGGGACGAGCAUGGAAGGAGACUGCCUCAGCUGCAUCAAGUACCUCAUGUUUGUCUUCAACUUCCUUAUCUUUCUGGGUGGCUCCUUCCUCCUUGGUGUUGGGGUGUGGGUGGUGGUGGACCCCACGGGUUUUAGGGAGAUAGUGGCAGCCAACCCCCUUCUCUUCACGGGUGUCUACAUCAUCCUGGCCAUGGGGGGCAUGCUUUUCCUGCUGGGCUUCCUGGGCUGCUGCGGAGCCAUACGAGAAAACAAGUGUUUGCUGCUUUUUUUCUUCAUGCUGAUCCUCAUUAUAUUCCUGGCAGAGCUGGCGGCAGCCAUUCUCGCCUUCAUCUUCCGGGAACAUCUGACCAGAGAAUACUUUACUAAGGAACUGAAGAGGCACUACCAAGGCUACAACAACACUGAUGUCUUCACAUCAACGUGGAACGCCAUUAUGAAUACAUUUGACUGCUGUGGAGUGAACAGUCCAGAAGACUUUGAGGAAAGCAUCUUCAGGUUUAUAAACCCUGGUGAAGUGGUGCCUGAGGCCUGCUGCCGUAGGAAUAGUCAUCUUGGAGAAGCAGGCUUCAGUAACAGGGAGGAAUGCCUGUCAGGCAGCAUGCUAUACCGGAACAACAAGGGCUGCUAUUCAGCGGUUGUGGACUACUUUGAGAUGUACAUCUAUGUUGCUGGUGCCCUGGCUAUUGUUGUACUCACGAUUGAGCUUUUUGCAAUGGUGUUCGCCAUGUGUCUGUUCAGGGGAAUCCAAUAGAUCAAGUUCACCGAAAGACUUUUUCAAAAAGGAAAACACCACAAAAGAAAACUGAACCACUUGUCAAAGAAUGUUUUACUCCAUUUUAUAUCUCUAAAAUGAUUAAAGAACAAACAAAAAAAGAAUCAUUGACCUGUACUUCACAGCUGGACCUUUGAGGUACAAGGUAACAAAAUAAAACAUUGACAAAAAAAAAAA